GCAUCUUUUUUUUCUUCUUCCACAAAAAUAACAAUAAGAAAAACGAAUCGCUCCCGAAAUUUCUCCGAUCCGAUUUUUUAUUCCUCCCCGAUAUCCUGAUCCGGCCGGCAGCGCGCCGCCUACGCCUACGGCCCCAGCAGGGAGCACCUCGCCACCGGAGGCGAAGCGGAGGAGCCCUCUCGCGCCGGAGGCUCCGGUGUGUGACGGCGACGUCCUCCUCCCCCCACCGUCCCACGUGCUCGGUCGGCGAGCAGGUUUGGAGGGGCGACCCCGGCGUCGCGGCCGGCCUCCGCUCGAGCCGAAUUGAAAGAUGCUGAAACUGGAACUGUCAUAUAGGCUGUAGAACGAGAAUUUCAUGUAGUGUAUUUCACGUGUUAGCAUCCGUGUCAGUUUGGUAAGGAAUCGUGUCAGAUUUGGUAUCGGAAGAUGGCCGACGAGGUGGCUUUCGAGACUGCUAGGAAGAUCAUCAUGCACCCGCUUUACACGCCAAGGUCUUCGCCAUGGCUUGACUUGAAGGUGUUCUACGUUAGGGUGAGCAAUUGCGAGGUGGAUGAGUCUGCGCCGGACCGUCUCACGCUCAACCACAUCCCGCUUUCUCCUGACACGGUCAUUGAGGUGAAUGGUCAGCGGAGCAGCAUGCACACAGAGUUCAUCUCUUCAUCCCUCAGAAGGGACAGGGUCGACAAAAUGACCGAGGAGGCUACAUUUGUGAGCACAGAUAGUAUAAGGAUGACAGGGAGUGUCAGGUUUCAGGUGUUCGAUAAGAAUGAUCUGUUGCUUACAGGUGACCUAGAGUUGUGCAGUGCCAAUGGAGUGGUUGGGGAACCGAAGAACAGCAGCAAGAGAUGGAAUAUGAAAUGCCAACCAGCAUCAUCAUGCAACGGUUUUCUGAAGGGGAAGCUUUCCACAGGCUCAGAGCCUGUACAUCCUGUGAUAGAGGUGUAUCUUGCUGGCACUUUCUGUGGCACACCUAUUAUAUUGACAAAGACUGUCCAGCAUAUAUCACGGAGGAAGUCCCAAAUGAAACUAAAGCUUGAUUCCAUCCCUGAGAAUGAAGCAACUGAACAACAAAAAGAAGAGUUACAUGAUGACUCUUUGCAGGUAUCAGAAUUGCACAAUCCCAAAUCUGAGACAGAUGUCGAUGUUGACUAUAACAGCUUGUACUCAAGGCAGGACUUUAUAGAGGGCGAGGACGGUGAGCUUUCAUGGUUUAAUGCCGGUGUCCGAGUUGGGGUUGGGAUUGGCCUUGGUAUUUGUGUGGGUGUUGGAUUGGGUGUUGGUCUGCUGGUCCGGACAUACCAAAGCACCAGUAGGAACUUCAGGCGGCGAUUGCCCUGAUGACCAGUCACUCUGGAAUCCGUUGCUUCCUUGUCUGCAAUGGCAAUCAUUUUUGCUCCCUUUGAGAUGUAAAUACUACUGGUCUGUAUGGCAAAUAAGAGUCGAAUCACUUGCUGCGACCUUGAGCAUCAAAUGGUUCUUAAAUGUGUGCUUGAAGGAAAUUAAGUGACCGACAAGUGCAGAGGGUGAUGUUACACCUACAAACUGUUGCAUGUCAUGGCAUCUUGUACAUAUAUAACUCGAUUAGGUGAUCAGUUAUUUGUGUCAUAUGGUUGGUUAUUUGAGCUUUUUCAGGUCUUGGACAAUGUACACCUGUGGAUGUACUUACUUUUAGGUUUGUAAGUUUGUCUUUAGCAACGUGUCAAAAUUUUUUCUAGACCUUCUCUGUUUCCGAUACAUGCUGGUAGUCUGUACUGUAUACAGAACUGGAGUGCACAACUCCCAGUUUCUUCUUGUUCUGUAGUCAGCGUCAACUGUUCAUAAAGUAUUUUGGGUAGUAGUAUUUAAAGCGAACCUUGUACUGUAUCUCCCUUGAUGAUGCCAAUAAAGCUGGUAUACUGUGGCCCUGUUUA